AAUCAAAGAAAAAAUAUAAACGCACUACAAGUGCAUCUAUAUCUUUUACCUUGAUUUUUUUCGAAAAAUUCUCUCUUCGAUACAAGCAGUAUAUAAGAAAAUGAAAAUUUAUUCUGGCUUCUAUAAGUACCUAGUAACAAAUAUAAGUUGGUUUUUCUACUUUUAAAAUGAUCAGAAUUUUAUUUUUCGGCGCUUUAUUACUUGAUAUAGCAUUUUCUCAAACCACGAUUCCUCCACCAGUAUGUCCGUCACAGGAGCCAACAGAUCCAGCGAUAUACCUACCAGACGAUUACAAUUGCGGAGCUUUCUACGAAUGCAACGGUGGCCAAGCUACACGUUUGGUUUGUCCCUCUGGAACCUACUACGACGAGUCACUGAACGUAUGUAAUUUUGCUGAAGACGUAACAUGCGGAACGAGACCAACGACUCCUGAACCACCCACUAGCUCACAAGGUACGACUUUAGAACCAACAAGUGAAGUCACGACUUCAUUCACUGGAACAACGGAAUCCCCGCCAACAACGACUCCACCUUGGUUUUCAACAGAAAGCACCCACGAACCUUGGGAAACCACAUCAAAAGUUGCCAAGAUCAGCAAACAACCAAUAUCCAAGAAAUCCUCAAAUCAAUUAAUGCAUCGUUUAAAAAAUUACAAUAACUAAAAUAAUAUACAAGUUGAGUCUUGAAUAAGUGCAAAUAUUUUUAUUUUUUUUUGCAAAAAAGA